AUGGAAUUUAAAUCGUGGUCAAUACCUAAUUCCGGUACUGCGCCAACGUCAUCGUCGGCGGAAAAUUUUUGGACAGAUCAAAGUGAUAGAAAGAAAAAGGAGGGAUCAGAAUUUGUCGUCAGACGUACGAUCGAAUCGAGUCGGCCGGAAGAGAGCAAAAAGGUUAAACGUGCGAGAACUAUGCCGUCAGUGAGCAUAUACCGUCCUCCGGCGGCGAGAAGGCUCGAGCAAAAUGCCAACGUCAUGCCGAGCAUACAGCCGCGGGAAAUGGUCAAAACCGUGGCAGCGACGAUACAGAAUAACGCCGGAGUUAGAUAUUCGGACGAGGGUAAAGAAUCGACCGGAAGCGAGAGGAGAACAAACAACGGGAUAUCGGUUUUUCGCAAUGCCAUAUCGUCGAUUCGUUUGCAAAACAAAGUCCCGCCGUCGGGUUGUAAAAAUUACGAGAGUACAAUAAAAAAAAGUGAUGGCGUCGUGUGCGCGAACAACGGUGCCGUGCCGGAAAUCGGGAAAAGUUCGUGCAUUCAGAACAAACAGAGGAAACCGGAUAUACAGGUGUACGUUCCGAAGGGGAGACGUUCUGCGAAUCAGACGAUUGAUAACAAUUGCGUGAGCGUCGGUAAUUCGUUUCCGAGUAAUUUAAAUGCCGAUAUAAAAAACUGUGUCAAAUGUGAAAAUAAGAAAACGGAAAAUGAUGAAGUCAAAAAGGAAGAGGAGGUGAAGGAAGUGAAAAAAAAGGAUGACGCGGUCUGCGUGGUGGAAGUUACCCGAAAUGGCGGCAGCGAAGAAGUUGUGGUGGCCGAUGGAAAAAAGGACAAAACAAAGUCUCUCGAAGUGAUAACCAUCCGUCAAGAAGAUGAUUGCAUUAGGGAAGCGGAAGAGAACAAAAGAUCGGAAAAAGUAAACGAAAUCAAAAUUGAUUUAACCGCCGACGACGACGACGACGACGACAACGUGGUAAACCGCGAAAAAAAAGAUGAAGAGGACGAAAGAAAAGCGAACGCGAUCGUACGGGAACCACCAUCACCACCACCACCAUCUAGUCAGGGAAAUGAAAAUUCUAUCAUAGCAAGAAGGAUAAGAAAAAGCGGGGAAGAAGAAUCGAAGAGAAAAAAAAAUGGCGAGAGAACGGAAAGGAAAGAAGAACCAUCACCACCACCAUCAUCGUCAUCACCGUCGGUUCACCUCAAUCCGGAGGAAUGCGAUUGGGAAUCCAUGUUUGACGACACGGGAGAAUGUUUGGAUCCGUCACUGCUCGAACAAUUGACGAGCGCCGUCGGUGACGUGACAAUCGAAAAACCGGAAACGAGUUACGAGGAAUUCAAAACGAAAUCCCUGGAUUUGGUCGGAGACGAAUUUCCACACGUCAUUGAAAUAUACAAUUUUCCACCGGAAUUUCAACUCCAGGAUCUCAUGACGGUUUUUUCACAAUUUAAAAAUUCCGGUUUCGAAAUCAGAUGGGUUGACGACACUCACGCCCUUGGAAUAUUUAGCAGUUCGGCAGUCGUGUCGGAGGUUCUCUCAUCGUAUCAUCCGUUCGUGAAAACGAGGUCAUUGAAAGACGGUACGACUUUGUCGAAAAUGAAAGCUCGACGUUCGGCGGAAUUUUUACAACCGUACAAACCCAGGCCGGAUACGUGUCCGGCACUUGCGAGAAGGCUCGUGACGGGAGCAUUGGGAGUCAGGUUGCCGACGUCGAGAGAAGAAAGAGAAGCGGAAAAGAAAAUAUUGACGAAAGCAAGAGAAAAGAAAAGAUUGGAAGCGAAACAAAAAGAAGAUGCAUGGGAGGGUACGUUCAGUUAA